AUGGCGGAGGCCCUCUCUAUCACUCCCCUUAGUGAUGUGGGCACCCUCUGCUACUCGUCUGACCAGAGGACGUUUUACCAUCUGAACCUGACGUCUCUCCAGGACUCAGAGCUCAUCCUCUCUGCCACGUUUCACUUCUUGUUCGACCAGUGCCCACGGCCAAGGGCCUGGUUGGGCAAACGCUACAAAAUCCCGGCCUGUCGCUCUCUACACCUCCACCCUGCUCCCUAUAUCCACCUCUUCCUUCACUCCAACCCCUCUGGGUCAGGGUUCAAUCCAGGGUCGCAGGUGUCAUUGCUAGGCAACAUGACAUUUCACCCUAACCAGAAAGGGUUGUGGCAGAUGCAGGACGUGACUGUGGCGAUAAAAGAGGCCAGGGAAAAGGGCAGUCAUUUUGUGUCGGUGGAGCUGGACUUUGGGCUGCAGUACCACAGACAGCCAGAGGACACACUGUCGGGGGCCAGUCUACCUUAUUUGUUGAUGUAUGCUGAGGACCAUGCGCUAGAUGAGCCCAACAGUGUGGCACAGACUUUACAGAGGUAUGGCCCUGAGACUGAGGUGAAGGAAAAUUCUUCUCACCCUUCUCGUCUUCCCCCUAAACAGGGGUCAAAGGGUCGUGUGAGAAGGGUGGUACCAUCCCACCCAGACUCCAUCCAGAACAACGAGCUACCAGAGGUGGAGUACAGGCCUAGCGGAUCCAGGAAAGAUGACCUGUUUGAAACCGCCUACCACACCCUGAAGCCUAUCAAUCCCAAGCCUGGGAGGAAGAAGAGGAUGAGGAACGGCCAGGACGGAGAGGAAGAAGUGAAAGAUGGAGAGAGGGAUGGAGGGAGUCAAUCGCCAGUUCUGAGCUUGGACGAGAGGACCCCAAAGAAGAGCAGCGAUGGAGGGAGUAGGUUGCAAGACAACAUUGAGGGAAGGAGUGAUGAAAGAAACGAUAGAGGGAAGGCAGGAGGAAGUAAGUCUCCAAUGCUGAGUUUUGAUGAGUGGACAAUGCGCAAGGCGAAGAAGAGACAGUGGGGAUCAGAGCCCCAGAUUAGGAGCUGCUCUAGGAGGACACUCAGGGUCGACUUUGCCGACAUCGGCUGGAGUGAGUGGGUCCUGGCGCCUGAAGCCUUCGAUGCCUUUUACUGCGCUGGAACCUGUGGAUUCCCCAUGCCCAAGGUGCUGCAUCCCUCUAACCAUGCAACCAUCCAGAGUAUAGUCCGUGCGGUUGGGAUAGUUCCAGGGGUCCCAGAGCCCUGCUGUGUCCCAGAGAAGAUGAGCCCUCUGGUGGUUCUCUACCAGGACGAGGGAGGUAACCUGGUGCUCAAGGCGUUUGACGCUGAGAUAGUUGAACGCAAAGAAGUGUUGAAGAAGCACAUUAUCUGUCGUUGCAGCACCAGUCAUGUCCUCCAGUAG